AUGGAUUUGGAAACAAACACAGCUGACUGGUGUUCCCUCUAUGAGCAAAACAGCAGGCAGCAGCACAGCAGCCCAGCCCUCUGUGCUUCCCUGGGCUUGGCUCAUCUGGCAGAGCACUCAAGUCAUAAGCUGCUUCUUAGCUGUCAGUGCUUGCAGCUUCCUCCAGAAUUUUCCCUCGUGAACUUUCCUCUGAAUCCUCUCAGAACGGACCUUUGUAUAAGAAGCAAAAGAGAAGAGCUCCCCAGGACACCUGUGCAGUUGGAAUCAGAACCUAAUCUCACAAUUCCCAGUUUCAAGCUUCUCACCAAUGGUCUGUGUUGCCUGCAGUACAACCGAGCACAGAGCGCCAUUAAGAAAGGUGCGUGUUCUCUGAUCGCUGCACCUGCGGUGGAGAUAAGUCACCAGCUUCGAAAGGUUUCUGAUCUAGAAGAGCUUACCCCACCAGAGUGUCUUUCUGACCUUCCACCGUUUUCAAGGUGUUUAAUAGGGAUAAUAAUAAAGUCUUCAAAUGUCAUCAGGUCGUUUUUAGAUGAGCUAAAGGCCUGUGUGAUUUCUGAUGACGUUGAAGGCAUUGUGUGCCUCACAGCUAUUCUGCACAUUAUUUUGGUUAUUAAUAAAGGUAAACAUAAAAGUUCAAAAGUGAAGGAAGUUGUAGCCACUGUUCACAGGAAGCUGAAGACAUUCAUGGAAAUUACUUUGGAAGAAGACAGCAUUGAAAGAUUUCUCUAUGAAUCGUCCACUAGAACUUUGGGAGAACUUUUGAAUUUAUAACUAAGCCAACAUCUUUGGAUAUGUAAAAACCGGGAGAAAAGACUCACAGAAAGUUGAAUACAUGUGUAUUUUCUUAGUGUUUUUAAUGUUAAUAAGGAAAGGAUGAGACUUCUUGGGGGUAGGAGUGAGUUGAAAACUCAGAAGUUCUUAA